UACUCUGCUGAGCUGUGAGCAGAGGAGCCACACCAGUCAGCAUGCUUUAACUGUGCUCUCUGCACACACUCCACUACUGUAACAGCUUGUCUCUUCCCGCUGCCGUAGACGAUGCCUUGGAUUUAGUUGGGCCACAUGAGUGAUAUGAAUAACACACUGGACAGAAUACGCACUUCCAGAAGCCUCGGAGAGAAAGCAGAGAUUUUCCAGAGUGGCAGAGGUAAUGUGAGUGGCUUUAUCAGCCCAGCCCUCAUCCCUCUGCGAGCUCCUUCACUAACACCAAAUGCCCAGAAGACCAGGACUACGCUGUGCAAGGGUAACAGGAGCAAUAAAGCGGGAGACGACUCAUUCUCUUCUCCUGUUCCAAACCCCUUUCCUGAGCCUCUCUCCUCCAGCCUCCCCCACUUUGUGUCUGAAUGUUUGUUACCGUGGACCAAACGCAGUGCGACUCAGGUAAUCAAAGUGUAUAAUGAAGAUAACACCAGCAGAGCGGUAGAAGUUCCAAGUGACAUCAUAGCACGGGACAUAUGCCAGCUGUUCGUCUUGAAGAACCACUGCAUUGACGACCACAGCUGGACUCUUUUUGAACACCUCUCCCAUCUGGGAAUAGAGAGAACCAUUGAAGACCAUGAGUCUGUCAUGGAGGUGCUAUCGGGCUGGGGGAUGGACUCGGACAGUCGGCUGUAUUUUAGGAAGAAUUAUGCCAAAUAUGAAUUCUUCAGGAAACCACUGGAGUUUUUCCCAGAUCACAUGGUCUCCAUAUCCAGUGAAACGGAUGGAAUGGUGGAUCCCUCUCAACUUAUACAGACCUUUCUCAACUCUCGCACUUGUCCUGAGAUACAUGGACACCUUCACGCCAAAGAGCAAAGCAAGAAAUCUUGGAAGAAGUUUUAUUUUGUGCUGCGGAGGUCGGGCCUUUACCUUUCCAAUAAGGGAAUGUCCAAGGAACCAAGGCAUCUCCAGUUCAUCGUUGAAUUUAGCGACAGCGACGUCUACACCGUCCUGUCAGCCAAAAAGCUACACGGAGCACCUGCAGAUUACGGCUUCUGCGUGAAGUCCACAAAGUGUAGUUCGGCCCGAGACUUGAAGCUGUUUUGUGCAGACGAUGAGCCGACCAGGACCUGCUGGAUCACAGCCAUGCGCUUGUUAAAGUAUGGGAUGCAGCUGUACCAAAACUUCAUCCAGCCUCACCAAAAACAAAAAACCUCACCGAUGAGAAGCAUCUCAGAGAACUCAUUGGUGGCCAUGGACUUUUCAGGACAAAAGAGCCGGGUGAUCGAGAACCCGUCUGAGGCGCUGUCUGUGGCUGUGGAGGAAGGACUGUCAUGGAGGAGGAAAAGCUGCCACCGGCUGAGCGGUCACAUGAGCCCCUCCACAUCCCAGGGUUCAGUGUCAAACAUAGCUCUACACUUAGCGCAGCCGUGGUUCCACAGCAAACUGUCUCGGGAGGAGGCUCAGCGUCUCAUCACGCAGCAGGGUCUUAUUGACGGAGUAUUUCUUCUGAGGGACAGUCAAAGCAACCCUAAGACAUUUGUGCUGUCUCUCUGCCACAUGCAGAAAGUCAAACACUUCCAAAUCUUACCCGUGGAUGACGAAGGGGCGUUAUUCUACAGCCUGGAUGACGGCCACACACAGUUUACAGACUUGAUCCAGUUGGUGGAGUUCUAUCAGCUGAACCGAGGGAUUCUGCCCUGCAAGCUCAAGCACCACUGUGUCCGAAUAACCCUGUGAACAAGGGAACCAGAGACCCCUGAGGGGCCACGUGCAACAAAACUCCAGGGCCUUUUCUGGACAAAACACUCCCAGUGUUCUUGUGCCUUAUAACAAACAAAAAAAGAAAGAAACACAAUUCAAACAAACAACUGAACAGCCAUGCUUACCGAAAACGUUCGGCCAGUGAAAGUCGUUCUCCUUGGUGAUAAAUCCACUAUGCAAAGUUAAAAACAUGUCAAAACUGAAAAUUGUACUGCAAACUUAAUCAACAAAGACAGCGGUUUUUGGUUAAGUGACACUGAGUUAGGUUUUCACUGAAAACAUUAAAAAAAAAAGUCUGCUGCGGCACAUAUACAGUAAUUAUAUACUGUAUAGCUGUCAGUUAUAGUCUGUCAAAGCUAAUGAGUCCCAUCAAAGGCCGUCGCCUUUGUCCUGUUAAAUCUCAGUAAAACUAAGCUAGCACACACUUUUCAUUUCAUCUCUCUGAGCAUUCAGGGUUUUUUUUGUGUUUUUUGUAAGGAGAUUUUUUUGUUUCUAUACGAGAGAUGAAAUGCCCUCUCAGGAAGAGUCGCUGUGCAUGAUCUGUGUGCCGGGCUGACACUGCUGUAGAGAGAAAUGCUAAUGUACAAGUGAGAAGUGGCUCACGAGCUCACUUUUCCACACUGUAGAUGAAUUUUAAAUGUGUGUAACUGAAUAAAAAUGUUUUUAUUACGGUGAA